AUGUGGCUGGACAGCGAGAGGGACUUCGGCGAGCACGUCGCCCGCGUGGCCCUAAGAGCCAAGAUAAUCGCGAAUAACUUGUCUCGACUAUUGCCGAAUCUUGGCGAGGCCAGUGAUCGAGUGCGUUGCCUCUACACGGCGAUGAUCCAUUCAGUACUAAUGUACGCCGCCCCUGUGUGGUGGAAGAAAGUAGGAGACUCCAACCUACGCAGGGGCAGGAUGGAGGCCGCACAGCGGGUCAUCGCGAGGUCAGCCGCGAGGGCGUAUAGGACCGUCGCCCAUGUGGGGGCGACCGCCGUGGCGGGGAUCUCCCCUGUGCAUCUGAUCGCGAGGGCGCACUCCAAGGUAUAUGACCGGGUGCGCGCUAUUCGCGAGGAACAGGGGCAGAUCACACCCAGGGCUAGGACAGCGCUGAUAAAGUAG